AAUGCAACAGGGCUCCAGAGGCACAUUUCAGUUGACCUUUCCAAAUGGAGCCAGUGAGUAAUCCAGACAAGGAACUGAUGAAAGAUGACAAUGAUCCAAAUCAACCUCCAUCGAAAUCUGAUCUGAGAGGCCAGUGGGCCAACAAGAAAGAGUUCAUUUUGGCAGUAAUCGGUGAAAUCAUUGGUCUGGGCAAUGUUUGGAGAUUUCCAUAUCUGUGCUUCAAAAAUGGAGGAGGAGCUUUCCUGGUUCCUUACAUUUUGUUCCUGUUCACCUGUGGAAUGCCGGUCUUUUGUCUGGAGUUAUCUCUGGGACAGUUAACUGGUCAAGGUGGAAUCACAUGUUGGAGGAAAAUAUGUCCCGUCUUUGAAGGUUUAGCCUACGGCAGUCAUGUGAUAAUGCUAUACACUGUGAUGUAUUAUAUCAUCAUCCUGGCCUGGGCCUUCCUCUACCUCUUCUCCUCCUUCCACACUGUACUCCCCUGGGCCAGCUGCAACAACACCUGGAACACAGAGGACUGUGUUGAUUUUCGACUGAAUCAUUCAUCAAAUGGCCACAUUUCUCAGAAUGCAACUUCUUCAGUUGAAGAAUACUGGCAGAGGAGAGUGCUGGGUUUGUCUCAAGGUAUUGAAGAGAUGGGAAGUAUCCACUGGGACCUGGCUGGAUGUCUUCUGCUCAGCUGGAUUGUUUGUUACUUCUGUAUUUGGAAAGGUGUCAAGUCCUCGGGAAAGGCUGUCUACAUCACAGCAACAUUUCCUUAUGUCAUGAUGGCUGCUUUGCUGAUCCGUGGUGUGACACUGCCAGGAGCCAUUGAUGGUAUUCGAUUUUACCUCUCUCCUGACCCAACACGUCUGGCUGAUCCUCAGGUAUGGAUGGAUGCUGGAAGCCAGAUAUUAUUCUCCUAUUGUGUCUGCACAGGCUGUAUGGCAUCUAUGGGAAGCUACAACAAAUACAACAACAACUGCUACAAAGAUGCAUUUGCCCUGUGCCUGUUGAACAGUGCAACCAGCCUUGUUGCUGGCUUUGCAAUAUUCUCUGUCCUCGGCUUCAUGUCUUAUGAGUUGGGUGUCGACAUCUCAGCAGUGGCUGAAUCAGGUCCCGGCCUGGCUUUUAUUGCCUAUCCUCGGGCAGUAGCCAUGAUGCCUUUACCCCAUGUUUGGGCUGCCUUCUUCUUCGUCAUGAUUAUCUUCCUUGGACUGGACAGUCAGUUUGUGUAUCUGGAGGCCCUGAUCACAUCCAUAUCAGACAUGUAUCCAUCCUUCUUUCUGACUGGCCAUCGACGUAAACUGCUUCUGCUGGUCGUCUGUGCUUUCUGCUUUCUCAUCGGUCUCUGUAUGGUCACUGAUGGAGGACUUUAUGUGUUUCAGCUUUUUGACUACUACGCCUGCAGUGGAAUCCCAUUGAUACUUUUUGCCAUGCUGGAGUCCAUUUGUAUAGGAUGGGUAUAUGGUGCUGAUCACUUCUACAGUAAUAUUACAGACAUGAUUGGCUACCGCCCCAUGCCCUAUAUGAAAUAUUGCUGGAGGUACAUCACUCCAUGUGUAUGCUCAGGCACAUUGCUCUUCUCUCUGGUCAACUUCAGCCCGCUGAGGUUCAGCAGCACCUACCAGUACCCCUGGUGGGGCCACGCCCUCGGGUUAUUUUUCACUUUGUCUUCAGUCGUCAUGGCGCCACUGUGGUUUGUCUACAGUCUGAUUGUAACUCCAGGAACACUGAGAGAGAGACUGGACGUGAUGACCACUCCAGCAGACGACCUGUCCAGAGCACCACUAAAGAAAACUCUCAGUUCUGAAACAUGUCCUUCCUGCGAUGAACAUGAACUGUGUGCUUUGAACAUGACUGAAAAAAAUCACCUGUAAUGAGGUUUGAACGUUUCCUUGUGGACUCAUUUUGAAGUGUGUAAAAAUACUCUGCUAUGAUUUAGGCUAUAUUUUAUUUACUGGAGUUUUCCCUCAUAAAAAGUUAAAAAAAAGAAAACCCUGAAAAAGUGCACAUCAAGAUGGCUGUCGAGGAAACAUAGAAGAGAUUCAGCCAUACAUGUUUAAGCCUCAGUCAGACCCAGAUUCAGAUGGGAAGUCAGUCGUGCACAAAAAAAAAUCGGUGCCCAGCAGACAUGUCAGAAUGGUGAGUGUAGUUAACAUCUUUUAUUUAUGUUGUUUAUUAGCUUGUAACUUGCAUUGGCUGACGCAGUAUUAGUGGUUGUAAACACUUAUUAAUAUCUGCUACAGUGAGUUCACAUUGGUUCAGUUUACAUUCAAAAACUUAACACUCUCCCAUGUUUCCUGACAGAACUUUCACUAUGCUAAUGCUAACUCUGCUCUCUGUCCUGACAAGUCCGGUCUGUGCUGGAGGUUCUGGAGUCUGUUCCCGUCUAUAUGAGUUCACCAAAUUGGACAGCGAUUGGCUUUCAUAGUGGUGAUGUAGCUUGCCUGCGCAUGUUUCAAUCUAAGGUUUGAGGGAAAGUGCACAGACAUCGCCCCCUUCAGUAGAGGAAUAUGAAAACAUCUCUCUAGUGAUGAGCUUUGCAGAGAUACAAGUCAUUAUAGUCAUGGUCAGACACACUAUAAAUAGAAUCCACUGGUUUAACUUGAAACAAUUAAGGUAACAAUUUGCAUUAAUCUUUAUUGGUACUUCCAACUCUGGCCUUAAUAAUCCGACAAACCCAAUUAGUUUAAUACAACCAGCAUGAUUUGCUUUGACCUUGAAAAACUCAAUUAAGUUGAACCAACUUAAUAUUUAGCCAAAAGUUGUGGUAAUUUUUAUUGAUCAAAUUAAUUUAUUUAAGAUAUUCCAGCUUACUUAAUUUGCUUCCAGUGUACUCAAAAAUGUCAAAAAUGCUUUUGAUUUUGACCAACCUCUUAAAAUAAGUUCAUUAUUAAAACAUUUUGAUGUAACAUAUAAAUAAAUAUUUUUAUGCUGAAAAACUUCAUCAACAUUUGUACAUAGAGUACAUUUAUGGGGACAUAAACACAUUUUGAAGUGGAGGGGGAGUUUAAACAUCCUUUUGGAAAAUGGUCUGAAAUGUAUUUAACAGCGUGUUUUAUUUGGUUGACUUAAUGUUAUCUAAUGCAAAAAUGUUGAGGACUCUGACGAGAUUAGCAUCAUACUUAAAACACAUGUAACAACUUACAGGAGUUUAUUUACGGUAUUGUAUGUGUGAAUUUGCAGUGUGUAUGUAUAUGUAUAUGAUGUAUCCCACCUUUAAUAAUUAAAUGAAUAAAUCAGC